CUUCGCUUCGUUCUCGUCCCUGUUGGGUGUUCUUGUGCGAGCGAGCCGCAAUUUUUCCACUGACGAAAAGACGGGGAGAAUGAAUAGUGAUGCUGCAGCGCCGACGUCGGACGCUUUCGUGAAGAAAUCCCUCGUGUGCUUUAUUCAGCAGGAGACCAGCGAAGAUGCCGCAGACAUGAUUGACGAAAUUCUGCUGGCCUAUGUUGUGGGGAUCCUGGAAUCCGACAUAGCCGAGGAAGGAUUCGACGUCUUGGAAUUCAAGGAAAUGCUUUCUGCUUACAUCCCAAGCUUCGACUCGAUAUCAGAUACAAAAAUAUCCUCGUGGGUGCGACUGCUGUCUGGCAAAGUCGGAAAACACACAGAAACAAAAAGAAUUGAAAGCUUGCUCAUUUCACCAGUCAUCUCCCCAGAGAGCAAACCAUCCAACAAGUCAACACCCCGGUCCCGAAACACGAGUCAGUCGGAAGAGGACGUUGGGAAGCCAAACCGUAUAGCUGUUUGUGAUGAGUCUGAACUGUGUGAUGGAACCACUUUCCGCACGCUCUGCGAGAUGUUUCCGGCGGCUUGCGCGCUUGAGGUUCGACGCUGCCUUAUGGUCGCCGGUGGCGACACUGAGGCUGCUGCGCAACUGCUGCUUCAGCGCGACGCAGCAACGGAGACACUGCUCUCUGGACCGGCGCAUGGCUCAGCAAAUCCCCGCAGGGACACUUCGUCACUUCCACUUGGUGACAAGGAGCUCAGGGAACAGAUCUUGACAAGAUAUGGCUACAUUGAUCAAGAUGAAGAUGAAAAAGAGCAUAGGCCUGUUGCACCAAAAACUGAGCCAAAGAAGCUCAUCCGCUAUCGGGACAACAAGAUCGUCAGCGUCAAGGGUGAGAAGUACUCGGAGGUGAAGCGGGAGGAGAGUGAUGACAUGAAGCGAACCUACGUCACUCUAAAGCCAGCCCGGCAAUAUAGGUUCCACUAGGGUUGCAAACAUUUCUCCUUUGAUCGCUUACACUUUGCAGACGCAGCUUAGAAGCAUGAUGACCAUGUGACCAAUUGGUGCUGCCACUGCUGCUGCCAACAGUGCUAGGAUGCUCGCGAAAGGUUGACGCAUGCACGCCGUCUGUUUCUGCAGUAGGCGAAUCCGUCUGAUCAGAAACAGAUGGACCAGAAAAUUGUCUGCUGCACAGAUGGAACAGACAGCAGUGAGUCCGUUAAGGCAGAAACAGACAAACUGUCUGCUUUUGCACAGACGACAGUCUGUCUGUUAAGGCAAGAAACUGACUAAUUUUCUGGACUGACUGUUUCUGCCUUGUGCAGACGCUCUUUUGACUUACUGCACAGGAGGGGAGUCGGCUACUCUGUACAAUAUUGUGUCACACCAUGCUGGUUUUGCUUGCAGGGAAUCUGUGAAGUCAUUCUGUGCAAAGCUUGCACUGUUCAAAACAAAUGCGACGUGCAGUUGUCACCAUCUUGUGUUGGCAAAACGAAUUGCCAAGUACAGUUUAUCCUGAACUGGUUUUUGAAGUGCAUGUGAAUUGAAGGGAGCUCAGAGUUUGCUUUGUCAGUGUGCUUUUGGGACAGGCAGUGCAGGGCAGGUCUGGUGCAGCAAGGGCCAGGUUCAUUUCGCGCAGGCACUGAACUGACAUGACACAGCUCGCGAGAUGCAGGACGAACUGUACAUAGUCGUGUGCUAUAGUUUUUGUAGCCGUAGGUUUAGCAUGCAAAGAACAGUGAGUGCUUACUGCUUCAUUAUAAAAGCUUCGUCCUAACCAAAGCUAUCUCGAAAAGUUUCACACCGAACAGAACUGAUCAUGAGCAGUUCUGAACAUAGCUCUACCCUUUGCGACCGCCACAAAGUUCAAUUUCAAUUGGAAUUGCACUUCCUUUUGGCUGCAAAAGUUACCCAAAAGAAACGAAGCUUUGUGUGCUGGUAUUUAAAUCACAUUUCAGCAACAGCAGGGUCUGUGCCAGCACAAAUAGCACGUACCUGAAGAAAAGUGUAGUGCAGUACUUGCAGACAACUUUCUCUAGCUGUGCAGGCAGGUGUAAAAAUUAUUUUCCACUUUUGUCAAUGCACAUUGGCUAAGCUGGCUUGACAUCGCUUUUGGUCUGGAUUCAGUUUUAUCACCUGCCGCAUAACUGAAAGGGAGAAAUUUGCCAUCCACCCAAGAGCCGCAUGAAGCUACAAAGGAAACCCAACGGAUUUCUCAAAAAGAAAGCUUUGCAGUUAAAAAAAAAAAAAUUUGUCCUGGUCUGAAAAUUGAACUCAAGACCAAUGCCUUUCCAGGGUAGUCGCUCUACCAUCUGGGCUAACCAGGGGGCUAGCAGACUGCAAAGCAAGGUCAAAUUAAGUGAGAACUCGAAACGUGAGGACACUGAAUAUGUCAGUUGAGUUCUAAGUAAACCCGCAAGAUGGAGAAGGAUUCAUGAAAAUAAAAAAUUGCUAUCUAUGUGAUAGUGGCAUGAAGCUAAAAAAAGAAAAGAAAAAAAAUUCAUGAGCCAUUCCACUCUGUGAAGGUGGAUGACCAGCGAAGCUGUUUAGCACACGACACAGAUGUUACACAGAAUUUUGAACAAAGGUACGAACAUAUUUAUUGUCCUGAUCGGUGGUCAUCGUUACAAUAGGUGGGCACACACCUUCGAGUAUCACCUCUGUUUUUAAAUGCGUCCGUGACGUAAGACAACGAAUGGCUCAUACCUCCUUAAGCAAUGGCUCAUACCCCCGUAAACGCUGUCUCCUCAUUACGACGACAGAAGAGAAGUGAAAUUCUGCACUGGAAUGAUGAGCGGCAACGGAGCCAGCUGUGGAAGCAGAAAACGAUGGCGAACGCGUGAGCAGUGACACAAGCGCGUUUACGCGGUUGUGCCGAGGGGCGCCAACGAGCUAGCUGUGGAAGAAGACGACGCUCGAGUCAUUGCUGAUGAUGAUAGUUUCUGCACACAGACGUCGCGAAACCCCGGAUCAUAGCCAUAUACAGCUUCGCUGUAAAACCUGCUUCUAUUCCAACUAGGACAUUUAUUUGUUUAUUUUUCAGUUGUGAAUUUUUUUUCCUGAUAAAGUCGUAUGGGGUUUCCUUUGUACCUUGGUGCUAUUAUCAGGUGGAUGACAAUUUUUCUCUAUUUACCUCAAGUGCUACUAACAGUACAUAAUUUGAAAUUCAGUAUUUAUUAACUAAUAGGUUAAGCCAAAUUUUGAACUUCUACAUCCAGCAUUGCUCUCACACAUGAAUUUUGGUUUCAAUUUUAUAGCCUCAGGUGUACAACCACAGAAAGUUUCCCGUGAGUACAGCAUCUGCUCAACGAUUGCCUGUGAAUUAGUCCAAGCGUUUUCACUUACAGAAGACCAUUGGUUGCUUCACAUUUGGCUAAGCACAGGAUUGAAGCCCUGCUAUCUAGAAGCCCUUUUGAUCUAAAUUUAUCAAAAAUGUUCACAAUGAACCCUGAAAAAGUUAGAUUCGUCUCUUGCUUGUGGUGGAACCUCUCCGAUGACCACCCUAGACAUGCUUUGGGCAUGCGCUGUGCUUCGCUGGCAAUGCAUUUGUUACUGUUAUUGACUUUGUGACCACGAAGAAACGCGAACAAUCAGUGACGUAGUUUUAACGGUGUGUAAAUAAUAUGAGAAAAAGUGUGCUAGCGUGUUGUGAAAACUACCCUGCUCACCCACCGAGAAUCUCGUGUUCCCCUGUAAGGCACACUCCAAACUUGCGCCCAUUUUAUAGUUCUAGUACAACUUUUUUUUUUUAAAGCUGGUGUACCGUCUGUUGUUGUCAUGUUGGAAACUGAAUUAUGCAAAGGCUGGUACAUGAGUGUUGACAUGCGUGAAGUACAGUUGAACCUCGUUAUAGCAAAGUCAAAUCUGACGUAAAAAUACCUUUGUUAUAUACGAUAUUCGUUAUAAGCAUAUAUAUUUGCAACACACUGAUCUUGGCAAGAAAAUUUGUAUUUACUUCGUUAUAUCCAAUAAUUUGUUAUAUCCGUGUUCCUUAUGCCGAGGUUUUGCUGUACAUGUGAGAACAAAGAUGCAUACAUCUGUUAGAUUUAUGGCCUGAAUGUGUACGUAUUAACAUCACUGUAUCACUGACAGUCAAACCUGACUAUGCUGAAGUCACAACCAACACCCAAAUUUUUGCUAGCUUACUCGCUGAUAUCUGUGAAAAAGAUUUUUAAGUCAACUCUGUAUGAAAGAAACACGAGUGGGAUGCCUACAACGGGCCAGCAAAGUGUCUCCUGUCAUCCUUGGCAGGAGCUUUCCAUGCUGAUACACGGCAUGUGAUCAAUGCUAAAUUACAGAACCACUUUGCACCAUCAUUGAUGUGCAACCAUGCCAUUGGUGUGAUCACACAGAAUCAGCACGUCGGCUUGCUGGCUGCGGGUCAGCCAAGCCAAGCUGCUAGAAAAUCCGUGCAUUCGUAUCCGGAUUCUGCCGUCUCAAGUUGCCCUUGCAGAAGGUAGUUGACAUUUUUGAUACCAGAAUAUCCAUACUUUGAGCUGUGAGGAAACAAAUAUCUGCUUUGCUAUAACCAAUAUUGCCUGCAUCUUGCAUUUUUCGGUUUCGUUGUACUACCAGUAUAAUGCUCACUGAAAUAGAGCAUGGCCAACCAAAUUACGGAUUUGCUCCGUUAUACUCGAGUUCCAUAUUUCGAGAUUAGACUGUAUACACACUCAGGCUAUAAAUUUUUUCACCGUCAGUGGCAUGCACGGAUAUAAUUGUGGUUUUCAUGUUCGAUAACCACUGGCACAGCUGCAAGCUAUACCUUUAUCUAAUCUCAUCUCCAGCAGCACAGCAGAUGAUGAUGCUCCAUCAUAAUGUCCGUGGCAUCAUGUGCAAGCCAUCUACUGCGAUAAUUUCAAGCUAGCAGGAGAUGUACGACGAGUUAAACUGGAUUAUUAGCCUAUUCCCAAGUUGUAGUAGAUGGUUGGCUGCAGCUGGUUGCUCGAGAUUCUAAAUGGAUUACAGAUGAAUCUGGUUCAACAAUCCAGCUUAGACAAGAAGCUUUCAUUUUAAUGUUUCUUUUUCUCUGCAAGUGACAGCUGGGCACAAUCAGCUAUUACAAGGAGUUAAGAAGACGUAAGUGUGGCGUUGGAAUUGCUUGCCAACUGUAGCAUUGUUGUCACAUAGAGUGACCUCUGCAGAAACCUCUCUUUAGAGCACGACAUAUGGCUGCUCUCAACAGAACAAAGUGUUUGCAAGCUAAAAGUCUUUUGUGAACAAUUUCAGCACCAGGGCAAACUAUACAAAGCAUUGAGGCUGGAAGAGUUGGAACUAGAGUAAGUAAACAAAUCGGCACUGUAGCAGUCACAAGACUGUGACAGUUGUGUGAAUUACUUUCAGUCUGAGUUACCUUCAGAGUCAUAACAUCUUCUGUGAAAUGAAAAAAAAAGAGAGAAAAGUUUUUUUUGACAAGCCCCAACUUGGAAACUUGUCCUUUCAGGUUUGUUUUUUGCACCACGUGCUGUGAAAUGUAACGAGAAUCUUUGUUUCUUCUUUUUAAAUCCCAGAUAUGUGACAUAGUGGCCGUGGAUCUUAAUCGAUUAACAUCUGAGCUCCGCAUGCUACACUGAACUGGCGCUUAGCGCUUCAUGGAGUGUUGAUGUUUGCGCUGAGUUUGUGGUUUGUUUCUCUCUGCUUGCUUUUUAAUAUUCGUUUGCGUGUAAGAAUCGGUUCGCUCUCAUGGUAGGCGCACUGAUGAUCAUAUGCAUUACAUCAACCCUCUGACUUAGCUGAACCUAAUAGCCUAACUUGGUUGUUAACUUCUCCUCGUAACAUAAUUUCUCAUUAUUUGAAGCUUCCAAGCCUACAUGUCUCGGUGUUGCUGCUAUCCUAAUUCCCGAGAGAUGCAUACUUUGUUUGACUUGCCCGUAGGUGUUGUUAGUUGUAUAGUUGCAUUGUAUAUUACUUUCAUUUGCAUCUUGUCACCGUGUCCAUAAGUUGCGAUAUUGUUUAGUCCACAGAGUCUUACUUCUCAAGUGACGUGACCCGAAUGAUGGCAGCUAGCGUUAUAUCCGGCGAGAGGCGACGAUGCAAUACAAGACCCGCGAAGAUGUCAGCCAACACAAAUUGCUCGACAAAGCGUUUAUUUUUUUAACGCAUAGGGUAACAAGUUAAUACAGCAGCCGUGUUGUAACAAAGCAAUAUAAUAUACCUCGUUGCAUUCCAUCAAAUUGUGAUGAUCCGAGCGUGUACGCAGAGCCAGUCUUUGUUUCUUAAGUGCGCUAUUGCCACGUGGUUUGAUGACUGGGCUGCGAGUUGUGCCAGGAAGGCAACAGGACGCGCUGUAGCACUACCAUUGUUGCUGAAAUACUAGAGAGCUUUAGAAAUAGAGGACCCGGAGAUAGCAAAUAUUACUGCCCAGUGUACAAUGCAGUCUGGGUCCCGUUCAUGCUCUGUGCCACUUAUGCUACCCUUUGGUUACGCUACGCUUUCAUUAGAGUACGCAAGCCAGUGUUGGUAACUCGGCGAGAAAGUCUCUAAAUACAUGCCUUAACAACAACUUGGAGUUUCUUUAAGUUUUAGAGACUUUUUUUUGGUGAUGUAAAUAGUAAAUAGUCCUGGUAAGACUACUCAAGAGACUUAAGCCAAGUCCAGUGCAUUGCCGCCUUGUUAUUCUAAGGGGCAUACAUGCACCUCCAUUUGCGACUACUUCUAAAGGCAAGCUUGUUCAUGAGUCAUCAGAGUUCAUCAAUGUUGCUUUUCUGGGGAAAUCAUGAUGUUUUAGAAAAUUGUGGCUGUUUUUCCUGUUCACAUUCCGACCCUUGACUCUCCACUGCGGGAAGUAAUUUAGAGCUAUAGCCCACAGAGUGAUAAAACACCCAGGAACAAUGAUAACAUCGUAAAAAAUGCUAAAUUUCAAGCAAGUCAUCAUCACAGCAGCUUCUUGCUAAAAAUGGAGUGUUUUUUUGCCACAACUUUGGCGACUUUGUCCAGGAAAAAGUUACCAACACUGACACACACUGCUUGCAUCUGCGCUUUCUAAAACUCUAAAGCAACACAUAGCUCCUGUUGGCCACAGAUGUUUACACAACACAGGAUUUGCAAGAAAGCUGAAUUCCUGCAAGCACACGGCCUCAAGUUCAAGGCUUUAAUCUGUAGUAGUUUUCUUUCGGCUUGCACAGUGAUUCAUCAAGUUAAAAGUGACAUUCCAAGCAGAGAGAGCCUUCUCAGUCCAGAGAGAGUCUCCUCCUCAAGCCAUGGACAUGAGCCAUCUCCAGAGUCCUGUCGAUCAGACUACACUGGCCACCUAGGCUGGCGCUUAACUCUUUUAAGACGCUGUGUACACAAUUGUAUAAGCCAAGAAAGUGCGCCAACAGCAAUAGCAUUGCUGAAAUUAAUGGUACUUAAAAUGUCUCGCAAACAUUUUGAAACUGUUCUGAUUGGAAUCAUGUUGCAAGUUUGGAUAACGGGUUCAAAAUGUAUUAUUGAAACGAGUGGGAAGGUAGGCGGUUUCUGUGUACUUGCUCGGUGCUACUAUGUCGUUUGUAGUGGGUCUACUCGUUUCACUGUUUUUCACAGUGUGUUGCGUCAGGCAUAAUUUUCAAGUGCCGGAUGGGUGCUUUUCAGCGCAAGUAAGUUUUUAGUCAACAGAAUUCAUCAGUGUCUGAAAUUCACAUUUUUCAUGCAAGUUGUGUCUUGUAAGCUUUUGUGGCCGACUGGACAUUGACGGGCUGAGGUGUAGGCGACUGCGUCGGGCGGCAUGGUAAACAUGCACGUGGCAUUUCCCUGAACUUGACAAUGUGUGUGACACGUUUUGAUAACACUGCUUCAUAGGUUCCGGUCUUUUUAGUUUUGUAGAAUGCUGUGUAGCGUGUUAGUUCUGCACACUGUUUUCAGGCGAGCCUGUUGAAACAUUAACAUGAACAAAAUGUAGCCAUUGCUUUGUACAACAUACUGUUCUCGAGUUGUUUUAAGAGGAAGCUUUAGCUCGGUGCCAACUCUGAUGUUGCCUAUUCAAAUACAUGUAAAGGCAGAAAAGUUCUUAUGGGACAACCCCUGGACCAAUUUGAAUGGAAUAUGAUGCAUCUUAGAGAGAAGUGAAAUACUAGUGACUGUAGGAAACAGAAUUUUGAUUUAGAGCGUGAAAAUUAUUUUGAAAGGUUGACAGAGAAUCGGGAAGUUAAAAAAAAAAAAAAGCUGGAAGUUUACGAAUUCGUAACUCUGCACCUCUUAUAGCAUCUAAAGUUGAUAAAUAUGAGAUAGUAUUAAUUUAGCGCUUACGUGAAUUUGUUACAAUGUUUACAAUGGUGUUGCAGAAUUCCUACUCGCAUAUUAGUUGUUUAAAUUAGAGCGUUGUAUACUACAUCAAUUUUUCUGCAUGGGAUGCAUUAUUAGGUGCAGUUUACAGAAUUUUAAUGUCAUUUCUUAUUGUUGAGUUGCACAGUUGUAAAUCUGAUAGCCUUUUUCGAAAUAUUGCAAUUUAAAAAAAUGUUAAUUUAAAUAUUCACGGCCCAAAUGAAAAAUCUGCUUGCUACAGUUGGUUGAAUUUCACUUUUUCAUUUAAAUGCAACAAACCUCAUUAAAUUCGGUGCGCUGGUUUUCUUCUCUGGUCCCAUGCAUUGAAGGUAGGCACUCCGAAGCUCUACCUCGGGAGCUCUUAUCUAAAUACAGUGGAAUCUCGUUGACACGAUCUUCACGGGAACCGGAAAAUAAAACGUAUUAUCUGAAAAUCGUAUUAUCCGAAUAUAAUCGCAUAUAAGAAAAAGAAAUGGUAUAUAAGAAAAAAACGUAUUAUCCCGAAAAAUGUAUUAUGCAGAAUCGUAUCAACAAGAUUCCACUGCACAUGGGAACGGAGAAAAUCUUUGGGCCCUCCAUCCAAUGUACCGAAUUUUAUGGGCUUCAUUGCAUUUAAAAGAAAGAGUUAAAUUCAACCAACUGCAGAAAGCAAAUUUUUAAUUUAGGCCAUCAAUAUUUUUUAGAAAAAUUAUUGAAAAUUGCUAAAUGUCAGAAAACUUAAGUAUCAAGUUUACAACUUUGUAUCUAGGCAACAAAAAACGAUAUUACAAUAUCGAAGUGUGCAAAUUGACAUACAUGUUCACACUGCUUUCAAAUAUGCCAUUAAUUUGCUAGUAGGACUGUUGCAACAAUUUCAUGUAAACUGUAAACAUGUAUCACAUUUAUUCGCUUUAGAUACUCCAACAAAAUUGAGUCUGUGAAUCAAACUUUUGCUUUCUAGUCAGCAUAAUAUAGCGUUCUCUGUUGAAUCCAACAAAUUCAAACUGGUCCAUCGGUUGUCUAUUGAGAGCAUUGCUGCAUUUCACAUGUAUUUGAAUAUGGAAAUCAGAAAUGACCCCAACGCAAAGGUUCUUCUUAAUCAAGAGAUGGUGUACAGGGCGUUGCUCACGGUGUACAGGUGAUUGCGUUGCUGUGUGCACUUCUCGGUGUUGGUUCGUCUUUUUAUUUUCUUCCUUCUAUCUAUCACUCCUCCAAAGAGUUGUACAUAGUUGUGCUUGUGAUGUGCAUAAAAUAAAUGUCUGUAUUUAUGGAA